AAAUCUAGAGUGGUGAGAAAAAGAAAUCUCGAAAGUAGAAGGAACUGGUGUUCCGGUUCUAAAAUAUUUCAGAGACCAAGUGAGGAUUAAUAUCUAAUUUUGUGUUUAAAGUGUAAGAUCCACAGAUGAGUCCUUGAACAUGGCCCAGUCCACAGACUAGAAGCAAUCCUGUAGCUGCUCCUCUGCCUUCCACGACCACCUAUUUGUUGUCCUAAUCUCUGGAUCCUUGCUCUUUAACCUCUGCCUGUAUGCAGGUAGGAGAAGCACAGCCAAGUGAUCAGAUUUCCCGAAAUGCAGUCUGGGCAUGGAGAGCAGCCAGCAAAGCAGUCAACAAAGCAGCCAUGAUGAUGAUUCUUCUCGGUUCCUGACUCCACACAUUCGAGAGGAAAGAAAGCGACUACCAUUCAAAACAUCCAAGUCUGACAGUACUACUGACAGGGUUUGCACUGCCAGUAAUUCUGCUCGGAGCACCCCAGCCUGCUCACCCAUCCUGAGGAAGAGAUCAAGAUCCCCAACGCCUCAGAAUCUAGAGGGUGAGAACAUGGUGGAAAAGGGCUCGGACCAUUCCUCAGACAAAUCACCUUCCACCCCUGAACAGGGAAUCCAACGAAACUAUUCUUCCCAAUCUGGUCGAAGCAGCAAGAACUCCAAGAAAAGCCAGAGCUGGUACAACCAUGAACGUCAGCACAUCAUGAGAUACCUCUCUGAUCAGCUCGACAAAAGAUGGAGGGGGGCAUGUCUUACAAAACUGUCGAAGACCCCAAACAGUCAGGCCACUCACCCCAAAGCAUCCUCCUUAACCCAGGAGGACGAGGCGGACGGGAACGCAGGCUUCUCUUUGACGACUUCUGAUGGUGCUCCAUGUUCAGUUGAUAGGAGUUGUGCUUGCUGCGGGGUUUUGAGUCCAACAUACAAGCAACGGAAUGAGGAUUUCAGAAAGCUCUUUAAGCAGCUGCCAGACACCGAACGGCUCAUUGUUGAUUACUCAUGUGCGCUCCAAAGGGACAUCCUCCUUCAGGGGCGACUCUACCUCUCAGAAAACUGGAUCUGUUUUUAUAGCAACAUUUUCAGAUGGGAAACACUGCUCACUGUUCGCCUCAAGGAUGUUUGUUCAAUGACAAAGGAGAAAACAGCCCGGCUCAUUCCCAAUGCUGUUCAAGUUUGCACUGACACUGAAAAGCACUUUUUUACUUCUUUUGGAGCCCGGGACAGAACUUACAUGAUGAUGUUCAGACUCUGGCAGAAUGCACUGCUUGAAAAGCCUCUUUGUCCCAAAGAGCUGUGGCACUUUGUUCAUCAGUGUUAUGGGAAUGAACUUGGUCUGACCAGUGACGAUGAAGAUUAUGUUCCCCCAGAUGAUGACUUCAACACAAUGGGGUUUUGCGAGGAGAUCCCAGUCGAAGAAGUAGAGGUGAAUGAUAACUCGUCUAAGAGCAGCGUUGAAGUAAAGACGGAUGCUAGUCCUCAGAUGCACAAGAAAUCAGUCACAAACAGCACACUAACCUCUACGGGGAGCAAUGAGACUCCCACCUCAUUUGAUGGUAUUACUGCAGAUGAUGAAGUUGAUUGUCAGCUAGAAGGUGAAAUUGGAGAUCUUCAGGUCAUUGACAAGAAUGAGAUCAAUUUGUCUGCAAACUCUCCAUCUCUGGACUUCAAUGAUAAUGAGGACAUUCCAACAGAACUGAGUGACUCAUCAGAAACACAUGAUGAGGUGGGACUAACUACAGCUGAUUUUAAAAAACUGAAGACAGGUGAAGUACAAGCUUUCUACGAAGACCUCAACGGCCGACAGUACAUUAAUGAGGUUUUUCAUGUGAAUGUGGACAAGCUAUAUGAUUUGCUCUUCACUGACUCCCAGUUCCUACGAGAUUUCUUUGAGCAGCGACGGUUUACUGACAUGGUUAGUCAUCCCUGGAAGAAGGAAGUUAAUGGCAAUCAGACUCGAGUAAUAUUGUAUACUAUCGCUCUCUCAAAUCCACUUGCGCCAAAAACUGCCACAGUCACUGAGACCCAGACAUUGUACAAAGCCAGUCAGGAGAGUGAGUGUUAUGUGAUCGAUGCAGAAGUAAUCACUCAUGAUGUUCCGUAUCAUGAUUACUUCUACACAAUCAACAGAUAUAGCCUUACACGAGUUGCAAAGAACAAAAGCAGGCUGAGGAUAUCAACAGAACUGAAGUAUAGGAAACAGCCUUGGGGCUUGGUGAAAUCGUUCAUUGAGAAAAAUUUUUGGAGUGGUUUAGAUGACUACUUCAGACAUUUAGAUAUUGAGCUUGCAAAAAUAGAGAAACAAUAUGCUGCUGAACUGCACAGGCAAUCUCCAAAAGAUAAAAACAACAAAUCAUCCACAAUUCGGCGGAGAAAACGACCUCACAUUCAUGUGCGAGGCCAGCACCUCGAUGAAACCGCCAGCCCUGUUACCACACCAACUGACGAAGAGGUGGGCCAGAGGAUUAAACAUGUGGCAGGUUCCACACAGACAAAACACAUCCCUGAAGAAAUUACAGGAGGAAUUCAGCUUUACAGUGUUUCCAAGUUAUUGCUCAUCAUUACCUUUGUCCUGGUGUUGCUAGUAUUUCUGAAUAUGAUGCUGUUUUACAAGCUGUGGAUGUUGGAGUAUACAACGCAGAGUCUCACUGCUUGGCAUGGGAUCAGGCUCCAGGAAAGCAAACUGCCCCAGUCUCAGGUGGAAUGGGCCCAGUUAUUAGAGUCACAACAGCGUUACCACGAUGCUGAGCUACAGAAAUGGAGAGACAUUCUAAAAUCAUCAGUGGUGCUUCUAGAUCAGAUGAGAAAUUCGUUAAUAACUCUACAAAAAGGCAUUGGUUUGCGUGAUUACAGUUCAGAAACAGACAAACAUGAUCGAUUUCACUGACUGGCAUUACUGAGGCCGAAGAGGGAAUUGUGUGCAAUAUGUUAUGUAUAAAUUUGUUAUGUAUAAAUUAUAUAUAUAUAUAUAUAAAAAAAGAGAAAUAAAAAGACACUGGAACCGCAGGCCGAGUUGGAUCCCCAGGAUUGCUGUCCGAAUCAGCAAAUUCACAAUUGACAACACCAAGAUCCUGCACUGAUGUGAAAACUAGGAGAACUACUGAAGCAUUGUGGAAAACAACAGCCACACUAAUCUCCCUUCACACUCCUGUUAUAAAUCCUAGAACAUUGUACUGUAAGUGUAACAUCUCACAAAUGCAUGUAAUAAUCUGUAGGCCUUCUCUUUUAUGGAAGAUGUGUAACUGAAGUACCAUGUCGUCUUUGUUUAAAAUAAGGUAUUCAUCAAGCAGAGAUUGGAGCAGGGUGAGGAUCUUGAAGCUGUUAUUAGUUAAUUGUGCCUGCAGAAACACAGAAUACAUCCUAUUUAAUAUUAGCAAAAUUAACCUGAUGUAUUGAUUCUGGUUCAGAGUGAAUGGUUUUAGAAACUGUGAAUAUCUGUAUUGAAAAAAAAACUUGAAGAUUUUCUAAGUUACAAGUGAAAAGUAACUGGAAUCCUGAUGCAACUAACUUAGUUAUUUAUUAUUGUUAAGAACAGUCUAAACAAUCUAUCACAGGCAGGCCCAAGAAUAUGUAGAGAAAAAACGUGUUCUGCUCUGUUAUCCUCAUUGCAACAUGUCUACAAGUUGCAGGUCGCUCACCUGAUAACUGCAUUGAACACGUGUGAAGUCUGAUUCUGAAGAAUCCCAUAUUUUAUGACAAAUUAGGAAUGAAUUUCAUGAUCAGCACCAUGAACGUAGUGAGGCACGUACAGGGAAGCGUGAGGCCCCCACGAAGUGUGUUGUCAUGUUUAACUGCUGCAGAGGUAUUGCAUGCUAGUCUGACCUAUUUUUUAGUUUCAUGGUUUUCUGAUGGAAAAUUGAAGAAUUAUAGAUUAGUGUAGCUAAUCUAUAAAUAUCCCAAACUGAAAAUAAUUAAAGUGAUUUCAGUUUUCUAACAUGUUAAUGAGCCACAGUUUAAAAAAGGAAAAUAUUAAAGAUUUGUCUUAAAGCUUACUGUGGAAUUUGAUUCGCAGAUCAGACAGGAUCUUAAUAGAUGAGAUAUUUGAAUGUCCUGUCAUUUGAUAAUAUUUCUUACUUGAAAAGCAUGGAAAUUGUGCUGUGCACAUGCUAAUCUAGUAUAGUAUAUGACAGAUACAAUAUUUAGUGACCAAAUUUCAAUGUGGUUGUCUUAUUAGAACAAAAUCCAGGUAGGUGUAAGUGCAAAAUGAUGCAUGCUGUGUCAUGGGAUAGGCACAGAACUAAUGAGACCAUGUAGCAACAGUCAAGUGGUUUAAUUCAGUCAACACUGAACUAGUGGAUGCUGGCACUUUAACCUUUGGUAGGCAAUUUGCAUUAAUAAUGCAAGAAUAAACCAGAUUUAAAGUGGAUUUUGAAAAUGAAUAUGUCCGAUUAAAAUACAAUCUUCAAACGUGUCUACAAAUAUUGGUGCUCAUCUGUGAGCUGUUUUGGUAUGAACAAAUAAUCAGCUGUUAACAUAGUCCAAGAAAAUAAGUAUUUAAGUUGUUUAUUUAUAAGUAUAUUGUGUCACGGCUAAUGUACAGUAUGAACUGAUAGAACUGAGAGAUAUGGUGUUAGGGUUAACAGGUGGAGAAUUGCCUCAUAAUUUUGUUCAAAAUUUUGAUCAUUCAUUUAUGAUGGUUAUUUUUGAUGGAAGUCCCUGAUCUGAUAAAUUAAGAGAGUGGGGGAAUUCCAGCAUUUUGAAACAAAAUUAUUUUGAUGAAUUUAGUGCUCCUCAAUGUGAAAUUUGAGGCAUUUUGGCCUACGUAUUUUGUGGGCAGCUGUAUGACUCUCUAGCAUAUUAGAUUGUAUUUGGAAUACUUACUGUCAAAUGUAAAGCUGAAAUCUCAAAGGCAUUCAAUAAUUUCUGGAAUGAGAACUUUGUGAUUUAAAUUUAUUAAAUAUACAUGAACUCCAGUAACUAACCAGGUAAAUACACCUUAUCUAAGGGUAUAACGUCUGGACAAUUACUAGCUAAGUGAUACAGCUGCCAAUAUCUGCCUUUUCAAUAGAAUCAGAUAUAAUAAGAUUUGAUGUUAAAUAUGAGGUGCUUUUAAUAUGACUGAUACAAAAGGUUGUUUUCUAAAAUGAACAAAGCUUUCUAUUGGUCAGAAGUUUUUGCUGCCAAUCAGAAAGUAUUUAGCGUAUUUAAUUUAUUAAGAGGAGGUGUGAUUGGCCAGUCGGCUAACUGCAUAUUAAAUUAUGUGGGCAGAUAUUCCAAAGUGCACUAUUUACACCUAAAAACUAAAUUUUUUGGUGCAAUGGAUUUUGUGGCCACAAUAUUUUAUUUUAAGGACUUGCCUCAUGUCUCUGAUCAUAAAUCAUUGGGAAUAUUGACAAAGGCAGUGUCUGAAGACAAAUAUCAGAGUUUUAUUGAACAUGCAUACUUUGACAAUAAAAUGAACCAUUGAUUGAUAUAUACAUAAUGGCAAAUGCUGACAAAUCCAUUUCUAACUAAAUUGUGGUAUCAUAUUUUCUUUAAGCAGGUCAUCCUCAUUCAGUGCUGCAUUCACUUUUUCACUUAGUUUUUUUAAAUUGACUAUUGCUUCUACAUUCAACAAGACUAGUAGAAUCAUGAUCCUUUGUAGUAUGCCAUUGAGCAGAUUUAGUAGGUUGUAUUUAUGAUGUUAAUCACUCCAUAUAUAGCAUCAUUUUGAUGAAUAUGGGUUCUAAUUUUUGUGCUAUAGUAGUAACUUUUUUUAAAAAAUUCUGGAUCAAACUUUUGUUGCCUUUAAUAUUUAAUUUCACAUUUUUAAUAUGAGAUACUAAUAAGUCAGCAAAUAGAUUUGCACUGUAGAAUCAAAAAAUGAUAUCUUGAUACUGUGCAGCUUCUUAUGCUUGUUGUAUUUUUAUUUUUGUGCUUGGUAUAGUAGGGGAUUGCUGGAAUAUAAUGAAGUGAUUUGAAUCCUUUGUUUUUAAAAUAGCUGACAUUUAUGGCUAGUUUUGUUUAUAGUGUUUACAUUAUGUGUAACACCAAAAAUCAUUUCAAGCCGGAUUUGUGAAUAGUAAAAAAGUCAGAUUUGAGGGUAGGAUUACAGGCCUAAAGUGAGUGAGAGUGUGUAUGAGUGUAUGCAUGGGAAAGCUAAUAUGCACAUUAAGAAAAUUGAAAUUGCUGUAACAGACUACUGGUUGUUAACCCAUAAAUCAAAUUUUGGAAACAUGGGAGAUACUGUUCAACAGACAAAAUGAAAGCAUUUUCUUAUCAAAACCAAGUUUUUAAUUUUGCUUGAAAUAUAGCUGGGCCUAUACCUUGCUCAGUGAGUCACCUUACUGAAAUAUCUCAAAGCUUUCUAUUUCAAAACAAAAAUUGAUUUAGGACAUAUUCUAAUGAAUUUUAUGGGAGUGAUAAAAUCUUGCUGGAUUUUUGAUGAUGAUAGUGUUUUAAUGUACAUUCUUAUACAUUGUUUAUUUCCUGUUUUAUACUUUCUUUUCUUACAACUUAUAUAAUUACCAUGUUGUGACAGAGGUGGUAAAGUGUCUCCCAUGCUUGAAAAUAACUUGUGACCAAAAGAACUGAGUCAAGCAAAGAUAGAAAUGAUGAUGAAUUUUAGUGAACUUUAAUGAUGUCAUUUAUUUCUAAAUCAUUUUGUAAUCAUAUGACACUUUUGAAGCAUUAAUGUAUUAAUAUUACUUAGAACUAAAGUGCUUUUGUCCUCUAUUGAAAAAGAUACAAAUGAUGUGGGUGAAUGUUCAAGGCCAACUUGUACAUACUGCUAUUAUUUGCUUUCUUUACAUUCAAGCUGGUGGUCAUGUCUGUUGGCCAUCUUUUACUUCCUGAUUUCUGUAUUUAAUGGUUAAACAAGUUUGAACACAGCAUCUAUCAAUCAUUCACAAAUUCAGUAUAUCCUAAAAUCAGAUUACAGAGAAAGGAGAUGCCAUGUCUGAUAGCUGAGGUAGCUAUGGAGUCACUGGUAUUUAAUAAUUGAUGUAAGCCUGUAAAUUUCCUUCCCAGACCUCCAACAUGGAGGACAGGAAUCAUAUGUUCAUUGUGAAUGGUAGUGGGCUGUAGCCCAUAGACAAAGACCAAAAAUCAUAUGCAUAUGCAAUUAAAGGGUCUAACAACCCCUCCACAAGGCCUCCACCAGUGCUAAUUUGCCCUAAGGUACCAGUGCUGGCACUGGCUACACUUUGGGAAAACUAGUUUUAACAUGCAGUGCAUGGUGGUCAGAGAAGGACCACAAACAAUAUGUGGGAGGUUUCAAAAUGCUAAAUAUGGAACCAGUGAGAGAAGGAUUGCUGCUCCUUAACCCAUGUUUAAAGAUAAUGCCAAUCAUUGUCUUCUCACUCCCUAAAAGUAAUUGCUACUUUCCUCCCCUUGAUCAUUGGCAAUACUUAACUUCCUUAAAAAACACUUUCUUUCCACUCUUUCCUCCACAUUUCUUAUCUCUACGCUUAUUUGUCCUCUCUAGUUAUUUACUUAUUUACAUGACGGCUGCUGCUGUUGACGUGGUGGUAUGAUCAUCAAUCUGUCAUUGAAGCCAAAUAUAACUGUCAUGAAAUUCACCAGUCAAACAGAAGAAGCUGUCCCUGUGACCUCCCAUUCCCUCCACAACUCUCACAACCCCAUGCAUUUCCAAUAUGGGGAUGUUUAAAUUCAAGGCUUUGGACCUUUGAGAGCACCAUUCCUCUGUGCAUACAUUGCAAUGGUUUAUGUUGCACACCUACUAUAUCUAUAAUCAGGCACUGUCUACACUGAAGCCAUCCUCCUCUUUGUUGCUUGUUACUCAAGGUAAAGACUGUAUUAUUACGUUUUCUUUUCCUUGAACUCAAUAUUAAAUAUAGUAUUGUUUCAGAAAAAAAUAGACAGCUCAUAACAUGUUUUGCAGAGUCAGUUACCGCAGCAAUGUUGAAAUGUUAAAAUUUUGUUUAGGGCUCUGAUAUGUCGUGUAAAAAGUAGACCCGCAAUGGAAUUUGCUGUUCAAGAGUGUUUUUGGGCUGUGUAUUUUCAGCAAUAUAUGGAAGGCAUUUUAUUGAAUUGAUUGUAAUUUUACAAAACAUUGAACGAUUAUCAUUGUACUGUAUGCAGGAUUUGAAAAUGUGAAUACGAUAAGAAUAUAAUUUAAGAGGGAUAGAGUCUGCCUCACAGCGUACUCAGCUUGUUUGUUUGCAUUUAAAUAAUGCAAAAAAUCAGGAAAGUACAGAUCCCCAACCCACGCUUCCCCCCCCCCCCCGACAUUACAGGGAGGUUGUGCUGAGAAAGUAACCUGUAUUCACAAUUUUCCCUGAUGUCAAUCUGCGUCAUAUGCACAUGUGUCAAGAAACAAGACUUGGGAAAUCAAUAAUUUCUUGUUGAUUUUAUUUAAUUUUUACACAAAAACUCAGUAAGAGCAAAUUUCAAUCUUUCUCAAAAUUGGUUAGUGAUUUUUGAAUACUGUAAGGAGGAAUUUUCAUAGAUGUAACAGCUGUAAUGGGUGGUCAUAAUUGUUGAAUUGGGAUGUUUUAAAUUGGCACAGCUAAUGGACAAUUGAACACAUUAAUGUUUACUUCAGCCUUUCAAACCUGAUACUCAGUAACACAUCAUUGUUUCAGAUUCUAUGAUAUUAUCAACUGAAAAAAAUGCAAAAGAUUUUUUGUGCACAAGAAUGCAGUGAAAACUUUUGUUGUAAAUGGCCUAAUUGUACAAACUGAUUCCUCUAUCCCAUUGUUUCAAUUAAGUAAUCUUUCAAAUGUACAAUAAAUUAAUUGCUCCCCAAGGGAAGAUUUCCCCUUUUUAAUAUGAUCUUCCCAUUGAACAGCAUGGUUGUUAGUUGGCUAAUGCUGUAUUAUAAUGUAAUUUAGUUCAUCGAUAAACACUGUACCCACACCAGGACUUUUUUUUAAAGAUGCAUGUGGAUCUGAUGCUGCCUAAUGCUAGCCUGCAGGGUAUGCAACCGUCAUCAAGAUGAAGUAAGGUAAAAUUGGAUGUGUGGCUUGUCUACACCAUUACAUUAUGUAACAAACUAUCUUCAUGUGCAUUCAAGAAAAAUAUACAUUUUUUAAGAACUGUUUUGAUCUCCAUAUAUGAAACAUAACUAUGAACUUUGCGCUGUGCGCAGGUUUAGUUUUAAUAACCUUGCCUACUAGAGUUUCGGUUAUCAUGGUAUCCCACCUGCUAGUUCAUGUAAAGUAGAAACAAGCUAUGAAUAAAAAGUGUUGGAAAAAAAUCUUUAAUUGUCACCUUUCUUGUUUGGGUGAUGUUGAAGAAUAAUGUUUGGUUAUUAAAAUCUUUUUAUCUGUUCUAUUAAAGAAAAUGUGUUGGAAAUUUUGACAACCACACAUUUUCAGCCUCCUGGUUUAUCUUGGAUUCUUUUCUGUAUGUGUCAAUGAUGCUGGUGUGUUUUACUGAAAGUAAAAGUUUUGUUCUCCAUUCUU